GAUGGAGCCCGGGGUCCGGGCCCGCACUGGCCCCCCGCAGCCGGCGGCCCCGGGGCUGUGGAGGGUUCGGACGGCGGGCGGCGGCGGCGGCGGCGGCGGGGGCGCCUCCUCCUGGCUGCUGGACGGGAACAGCUGGCUCCUGUGCUAUGGCUUCCUCUACCUGGCGCUGUACGCGCAGGUGUCCCAGUCCAAGCCGUGCGAGAGGACCGGCUCCUGCUUCUCGGGCCGCUGUGUCAACUCCACCUGCCUCUGCGACCCGGGCUGGGUGGGGGACCAGUGCCAGCACUGCCAGGGCAGGUUCAAGUUAACAGAACCUUCUGGAUAUUUAACAGAUGGCCCAAUAAAUUAUAAAUAUAAAACUAAAUGUACAUGGCUAAUUGAAGGCUAUCCAAAUGCAGUGUUAAGAUUAAGGUUCAAUCAUUUUGCUACAGAGUGUAGCUGGGAUCAUAUGUACGUUUAUGAUGGAGAUUCAAUAUAUGCACCUUUAAUAGCUGUACUAAGUGGUUUGAUAGUCCCUGAAAUAAGGGGAAAUGAAACUGUGCCUGAAGUUGUUACAACAUCUGGCUAUGCAUUGUUACAUUUUUUUAGUGAUGCUGCAUAUAAUCUAACUGGUUUCAACAUUUUUUACUCAAUCAAUUCUUGUCCUAACAAUUGCUCUGGUCAUGGGAAGUGUACAACUAGCAUCUCUGUUCCAAGUCAAGUAUAUUGUGAAUGUGAUAAAUACUGGAAAGGUGAAGCUUGUGAUAUUCCUUACUGUAAAGCCAAUUGUGGCAGUCCAGAUCAUGGUUACUGUGACCUAACAGGAGAAAAGUUGUGUGUCUGCAAUGAUAGUUGGCAAGGUCCUGAUUGUUCUUUGAAUGUUCCCUCCACUGAAUCUUACUGGAUUCUGCCAAAUGUAAAACCCUUCAGUCCUUCUGUAGGUCGAGCUUCCCAUAAAGCUGUUUUACAUGGGAAAUUUAUGUGGGUGAUUGGUGGAUAUACUUUUAACUACAGUUCUUUCCAAAUGGUCUUGAAUUACAAUUUAGAAAGCAGUAUAUGGAAUGUAGGAACUGUAUCAAGGGGACCUCUCCAGAGAUAUGGGCACUCUCUUGCCUUAUAUCAGGAGAACAUCUUUAUGUAUGGAGGCAGAAUCGAAACAAGCGAUGGCAAUGUCACAGAUGAAUUGUGGGUUUUUAACAUACGCAGUCAGUCAUGGAGUACGAAAACUCCUACUGUUCUUGGACAUGGUCAGCAGUAUGCUGUGGAGGGACAUUCAGCACAUAUUAUGGAGCUGGAUAGUAGAGAUGUUGUCAUGAUCAUAAUAUUUGGAUAUUCUGCAAUCUAUGGUUAUACAAGCAGCAUACAGGAAUAUCAUAUCUCAUCCAACACUUGGCUUGUUCCAGAAACUAAAGGAGCUAUUGUUCAAGGUGGAUAUGGCCAUACCAGUGUGUAUGAUGAAAUAACCAAGUCCAUUUAUGUUCAUGGAGGCUAUAAAGCAUUACCAGGCAACAAAUAUGGAUUGGUAGAUGACCUUUAUAAGUACGAAGUUAACACUAAGACUUGGACUAUUUUGAAAGAAAGUGGGUUUGCCAGAUACCUUCAUUCAGCUGUUCUUAUCAAUGGAGCUAUGCUUAUUUUUGGAGGAAAUACCCAUAAUGACACUUCCUUGAGUAACGGUGCAAAAUGUUUUUCUGCCGAUUUCCUGGCAUAUGACAUAGCUUGUGAUGAAUGGAAAAUAUUACCAAAACCAAAUCUUCACAGAGACGUCAACAGAUUUGGACACUCCGCAGUUGUCAUUAAUGGGUCUAUGUAUAUAUUUGGAGGAUUUUCUAGUGUACUCCUUAAUGACAUACUUGUAUACAAGCCUCCAAAUUGCAAGGCUUUCAGAGAUGAAGAACAUUGUAAAAAUGCUGGUCCAGGGAUAAAAUGUAUUUGGAACAGAAAUCACUGUGAAUCUUGGGAAUCUGGGAAUACUAAUAAUAUUCUUAGAGCAAAGUGCCCUCUGAAAACAGCUGCUUCUGAUGACAGAUGUUACAGAUACGCAGAUUGUGCCAGCUGUACUGCCAAUACAAAUGGGUGCCAGUGGUGUGAUGACAAGAAAUGCAUUUCAUCAAACAGCAACUGCAGUAUGUCUGUGAAAAACUACACCAAAUGUCAUGUGAGAAAUGAGCAGAUUUGCAACAAACUAACCAGCUGUAAAAGCUGUUCACUAAACUUGAAUUGCCAGUGGGAUCAGCGGCAACAAGAGUGUCAGGCUUUACCAGCUCAUCUUUGUGGAGAAGGAUGGAAUCAUAUUGGGGAUGCUUGUCUCAGAAUCAAUUCCAGUAGAGAAAACUAUGACAAUGCAAAACUUUAUUGCUAUAAUCUUAGUGGAAAUCUUGCUUCAUUAACGACCUCAAAAGAAGUAGAAUUUGUAUUGGAUGAAAUACAGAAGUAUACACAACAGAAAGUAUCACCUUGGGUAGGCUUACGCAAGAUCAAUAUAUCCUACUGGGGAUGGGAAGACAUGUCUCCAUUUACAAACACAACACUACAGUGGCUCCCUGGUGAACCUAAUGAUUCUGGGUUCUGUGCAUAUCUAGAAAGGGCUGCAGUGGCAGGCUUAAAAGCUAAUCCUUGUACAUCUAUGGCAGAUGGUCUUGUCUGUGAAAAACCUGUUGUCAGUCCAAAUCAAAAUGCAAGGCCUUGCAAAAAGCCGUGCUCUUUAAGGACGUCGUGUUCUAACUGUACAAGCAACGGCAUGGAGUGUAUGUGGUGCAGCAGCACAAAGCGGUGUGUCGACUCUAAUGCUUACAUAAUCUCUUUCCCAUACGGACAGUGUCUGGAGUGGCAAACUGCCACCUGCUCGCCUCAAAAUUGCUCUGGAUUGAGAACCUGUGGACAAUGUUUGGAACAGCCUGGGUGUGGAUGGUGCAAUGAUCCCAGUAAUACAGGAAGAGGACACUGCAUUGAAGGGUCUUCUCGGGGGCCAAUGAAGCUUGUUGGAAUGCAUAAUAAUGAGAUGGCUCUUGACACCAGUCUUUGUCCUAAAGAGAAGAACUAUGAGUGGUCCUUUAUCCAGUGUCCAGCUUGCCAGUGUAAUGGACAUAGCACUUGCAUCAAUAAUAAUGUGUGUGAACAGUGUAAAAAUCUUACGACAGGAAAGCAAUGUCAAGAUUGCAUGCCAGGUUAUUAUGGAGAUCCAACCAACGGAGGACAGUGUACAGCUUGUACGUGCAGUGGCCAUGCAAAUAUUUGUCAUAUGCACACAGGAAAAUGUUUCUGCACAACUAAAGGAAUAAAAGGCGAUCAAUGCCAAUUAUGCGACUCUGAAAAUCGCUAUGUCGGUAAUCCACUUAGAGGAACAUGUUAUUACAGCCUUUUGAUUGAUUAUCAGUUUACAUUCAGCUUAUUGCAGGAAGAUGAUCGCCACCAUACUGCCAUAAACUUCAUAGCAAACCCAGAACAGUCAAACAAAAAUUUGGAUAUUUCGAUUAAUGCAUCAAACAACUUUAACCUCAACAUUACGUGGUCAGUUGGUUCCACAGCUGGAACGAUAUCUGGGGAGGAGACGCCUAUAGUUUCCAAGACUAAUAUAAAGGAAUACAGAGAUAGUUUUUCCUAUGAAAAAUUUAAUUUUAGAAGCAAUCCAAACAUUACAUUCUAUGUGUACGUCAGCAACUUUUCAUGGCCUAUUAAAAUACAGAUUGCAUUCUCACAACACAAUACAAUCAUGGAUCUUGUGCAGUUUUUUGUCACCUUCUUCAGUUGUUUUUUAUCAUUAUUAUUGGUGGCUGCUGUAGUUUGGAAGAUCAAACAAACGUGUUGGGCAUCCCGACGGAGAGAGCAACUGCUUCGAGAACGACAGCAGAUGGCAAGCCGUCCCUUUGCUUCUGUUGAUGUGGCCCUGGAAGUGGGAGCAGCGGAACAAACAGACCUUCUGCGGGGGUCAUUAGAGGGAGCACCCAGACCAAUCGCCAUUGAACCAUGUGCUGGGAACAGAGCGGCCGUUCUGACUGUGUUUCUUUGUCUACCACGAGGGUCAUCUGGUGCCCCUCCCCCUGGGCAGUCAGGCCUUGCAAUUGCCAGUGCUCUUAUAGAUAUUUCUCAACAGAAGCCUUCAGAGAGUAAAGACAAGACUUCAGGAGUCCGAAAUCGAAAACACCACCUCUCAACACGUCAAGGAACUUGUGUCUGAGAAACAGAAACUGCUCCUGAAGGUUCUGUAAUGUUUGACUUUGUAAACAGCUCCCAUUAAGGCUGGUCUCUGGCCUCAGUUUUUAUGGAGGCAAAUCUCUGUAUGGUCCCAGGGCCCAAAUACAGUUCCCUCCAAAUGGGCAAUGACCCACGUGGCCAAAGAAUGUUCAUGAGUUUUAUAAAAGUGACAGUAUUGAUGGUCACAGGUGAUUAAGUCAGUUUUUGCGACUAUCUUAGGCUUAUCCUAGAUACCAUUAAAGUGCUCUGGGAAAAGAUGUAUAUUGUUUCUUAAUGCAGAUGAAAAAUAUGUAAUUCAUAUAAACCAAACUGUUUAUAUCCCAAAACUUUAAGGAAAGACAUUUUAUAAUGCCUGAAUGAUGAGAAUUGUACAGUUUUUGCCUCACGAGCAAACUUAAAUCACCUGUAUAUGAACAGGAAAUGAAAAAAUUGCAAUGGCUUUAAAUGCUGUUUUAUCUCACUGUAAAUGUAAAAGCAAGAUUUUGAUUUAGUAGGAUGUAGGUAAUGUGUUUAAAUAUUUCACAGGACCAUAUCGUGUCCAAACUCAGUUUGCAAAUGUGACUCUUUUCCACCUAACUGGAAUGCAGACCAAAAUGAGUCCAUUUGGAUGGAUGGUAUGUGCAACUUCACAGGAGGUUUAUUAGAAUUCUGAGUGAAGAGGACAUUGCUGUCGUCCAUGCCAACUGCCUAACUCAUUAUCAGAGCUGAUAGAGCAUGGAAAAGCCUGUCCAGCAAUCAAUUUCUCCCCUCCUUCCAGAACCAGCCUCCAAUACCACGAACCUGAAGAGAGCUGAAAUAGUUAUUUUACAGUGUGCAAGCUUCUCCUCUAAUAUGGUAAUUUUUUAAUUGCCUGGGAAUCAUUGGAUCAGACCUAAAUGAUCCAUCUGCAUUUUUAUAAGGACAGACCCUCUUCUCUUGGCCUUCCUCUCCUAGCUGCUAGAUUUUAUCUACCUUUUACAAACGUUAGGAAAAGUGUUUUAGAGGCAACACCUCCUCCAAGUCAUAAUACAACCCAAGUUCCUUCCUGCCACCUAUUUCACUUAGAGUACAAAUAGAGAAGAGCCUUUGUUGGCAGGCGUCUUCAGUAUUCCUGUUUCUGACAUGAGCAUCUUGCUGUUAUGACAGAAAGUCUCCAGUUUAAGAAAUGAAAUGAGUUUGUUGUAGCCCCCGUUCAGCAAAUUCUUAAUGAUUCAAAAAGCUGAACUAUGGCAGAAAGGAAAAAUGAUAGAGAAAAAAUUUUCACAUUGGAGCAUAGAAUCAUUUGUGUCCUAGAUUUUGACAGCAGUUCACUAGAACUCCAUAGAUGAACAGACCUUGGUUGAAACUGCAGUUUCUUAACUUCAGGGUGACUACAGAAUACAUGCAGAGAGCAGUCACAGAGAUCUCCACUGCUGCUUUGUACAAUCUAGUUUGGUUCAAUAUGAAGGUCAUUUAAAUGUAAUUGACAUUUAGUACUAUCUAUGUACUUAUCAUGUUCUUUGGACUUCUGGAAGGUAUUGACACUUUUACUGUUUACAGCUAAUGCAUAGUUACUUGCAUGCUAUGGUUGUGCAGUAGCGGGAUAUGACCCUAUUGUGAUAUUAAAUGUUUAUUUCACAAUGCCAUUUAUACAUAGUCAGCUUAAUUUGAUGAGGAACAAAUGUAAUAUAUAACAGGAAUGAUCAUACGAUAUGUAGUUGCAUCAUAUAUAAGAUUUGCUAGGUUGCAUCUUAACCAUGACUCUGUCAUUGUUUUGAUAAUUAGGCAUUUAUGAAUUAUAGUAUAUAUUCCUCAUGUUGGCAUGAUAAUUUUGCUAUUUUCCAUGCAUUAAAAAUAAGACUAAUUCUUAGAACAAUUUUAUUGAUAGCCUAUGGGGGAUUUUUCGGGGGGUGGUGGUGGGAGUGGAGUUGGCUAUUUGUACUUCCCUAUGAUAUUUUCUCUCUCUCAAAAAAAAAAAGUGAGCAAAGAUUAUAAAUGUCUCCUGAAAAGAAUCAAGUAAUUUUAUUAGCUUCUUUGGAGGCCCCUUAAAUGUUGAUUUUUUUUUCUCCUGGAAAAAAAAAUUGACUAAACUGGUGAGUAUAAAAAUAUAAUCAUUUAAAAAUAAAGUGAUUGCCCCAUUUGUUUAAUUCUCUACUAACUGUCAUGAGAGAAAGCAUAUAUAACAAAAACACAAAACCAUACAGAGUUGUGUGUAAAAUCUGGUUCAGCUGUAUUUUUAGAGAGGCUAAUAAGCAAACAGUUUUACUCUGAAAAGAUUGUCAGGCCUCAUCCACCUCGAAUCCCAUCGGGGUCUUAAAAUUUGAAAUUUUUAAUUUUAGAGAAUUAUGGGACAAAAUGCAAUGUUAAUUUAAAGUCAUACUCUACCUUUCUGGGCCAAGUAUUGCCAACAUUGAGACUAAUUAUGCAGUAUCUUCUUGACAUUUCAAAGCGUUUUAUGGCAAUAAAAACUCUUCACCCUCAGGUGAAAUGGAUUGAAAA